GCCAUAUCAGUAUCAUGGCCCCACAGGAUAUCACAUUCCUGUAUUUCGUGGUCUGUCUAGGUCAGACAAUUUGGGCACAAGAAGAAUUUCCCGUUCCUACCAUCUCCACUGCAGCAAAACCUAUGGUUCCCUGGAAUGGAUCUGUGAGGAUCCUGUGCAGGGGAACACCCGAAGCCUUCCUGUAUCAAUUGUCCCUGAUGAAAAACUCCACACAGAUGGUUAUAGAAAAGAAAUUAGGAUUUCAAAAAGAGGCUGAAUUCACUAUCAACCACAUGAAUUCAACACUGGCAGGAUGUUAUCAAUGUCAGUAUAGGAAGAAGUACCAUUGGUCAGAGUGGAGUAAACCCCUGAAGCUGGUGGUGACAGGCUUUUAUGACAAACCCGUCCUCUCCACAGAUCAAAGCCUUGUGUUGAGACCAGGAGAAAACAUUUCCUUCAAGUGUAGUUCAGCACACAACCUGUUCAACCGAUUUUCACUGGCCAAGGAAGAAGAAGCUUCCUUGCCAUUGCACCAACAUGAAGAGUAUCAAGGCAGCUUCCACCUGGGACCUGUGAACCCUGACUUCACUGGACACUACAGGUGCUAUGGCUGGUAUAGCAACAGCCCCUAUGCGUGGUCAGCCCCCAGUGAUGCCCUGGAGCUCACUGUCACAGGCUCCCAUCUAGAUGUCUGUCGUGGUUGCCUGUACAUGAUGAAGUACUGUAACCAUUCAGAGGUGGACGAGCCACCCCAGCAUGUCCUGCGGGUCGACUACAGCUGGGUGACAGUGGACAAGCUGAGAAAAGUGCUGACGCCCACCCAGGACCACUCGGGGACAGAGGCAGCCGCCCUUCGCACCCUGUCCUCAGCCAAGUCAGAGAUCCACGUGGGACCCCAUCUGGAGACGUACCCUCAGAGACAAUCGUGUCCCAUGGUGAUUGGUGUCAGGCCUCACCCACCACAUCCUGUGCGUCUCCCUCACCCACUGGACUCAGUCCACACACACACCGUUAGAAUUGGUCUGGCCACUGGUAUGCUGCCAACACUCACUGCCCUACUCUGCCUUGGGCUAUGUCUGAGCCAGAGGAUCAACAUUGAAACAAAGACUCUCCCGAAACCCAUCAUCUGGGCCAAACCCAGUAUCAUGGUCACAAGAGGAAACUCGGUGAACAUCUGGUGUCAGGGGGCUCAGAGUGCUUCUGAGUACCAACUGUACUUUGAAGGAAGCUUUUUUGCCUUGGAGAGACCAAAGUCAUCUAGAUCGAUGAAUAAAGUCAGGUUCUUCAUUUCACAAAUGACCUCACAUACUGCAGGGAUCUACACCUGCUUCUAUCAGAGUGGAGAGCUCUGGUCAGAGUCAAGCAACCCCCUGAAACUGGUAGUAACUGGUCUGUAUGACACACCCAACCUCUGGGUUCAUCCAGGGCCUGAGGUAACCUUGGGGGAGAAUGUUACCUUCUCUUGCCAGCUGAAGACUGCAACAAGCAAAUUCUUUCUGCUCAAGGAGAGAGGAUCCAACCACAUCCAGUAUAAAUAUGGGAACAUCCAAGCAGAGUUCCCCAUGGGCCCUGUGACUAUGGCUCACAGAGGGACAUACAGAUGUUUUGGCUCUUACAAUGACUAUGCAUGGUCUUUUCCCAGUGAGCCUGUGACACUACUCAUCAGAGGAGGUGUUGAGAAUACCAGCCUUGCAUCUACAGACCCUACUCCUCUUGAUUAUUGGGAAUAUGACCUUUCAACCAAAGAAUCAGGAUUACAGAAGGACUCUGCUUCCUGGGAUCACACAACCCAGAAUCUCAUUCGGAUUGGUCUGGCAUGUAUAAUCCUGAUGGCUCUAGUAUGGCUUUUGGCCCAAGACUGGCUCAGCAAAAGGAAAGACCAGGAAAAGGCCAACAGAUUAGCAAAUUGGAAAUGCAGGAGAAGACGAAGAAUGAAGCAUUACCGUGAAGAGGAACAAAGAGGUGCAAUAUCUAUGUGGGAACUGAAGGCAACUCCUGGAACCUUGUGA